GCAGGCUUUGUCCCUGGGGAAGCGGUGUGGGCGAGGAUGACGUAAGCUCGCUGACACGUCAGAGGUAUAAAAGGCAGCGCCGGCGGCGGCCGCCGGAGUCUGGUGAGAAACGCGCUGAGGAGUUCCGUUUGAAGCUUGAGGCAGGAUGGCUCGAACAAAGCAGACAGCCCGUAAGUCCACAGGAGGGAAGGCGCCCAGGAAGCAGCUGGCCACCAAGGCGGCGAGGAAGAGCGCCCCGUCUACUGGCGGAGUGAAGAAGCCCCAUCGCUACAGGCCUGGCACCGUUGCUUUGAGGGAAAUCCGGCGUUAUCAAAAGUCCACGGAGUUGCUGAUUCGCAAGCUGCCGUUCCAGCGUCUGGUGCGUGAGAUCGCUCAAGAUUUCAAAACCGAUCUGAGGUUUCAGAGCGCUGCCAUCGGCGCACUACAGGAGGCAAGUGAGGCAUACUUGGUUGGUCUGUUUGAAGAUACAAAUCUGUGUGCCAUUCAUGCCAAGCGAGUAACCAUCAUGCCAAAGGAUAUUCAGUUGGCUCGUAGGAUACGUGGAGAAAGAGCUUAAACUCACUCUUAUCAAAAUGGACUGUGGGACCUUUUUUAAUAUUGCAGGAUUAAUACAAAUACGAUGAGAUUGUCAGGAUACGAACUUUUAAGGAGUGAUAUGUGCAAAUGGAAUAUGUGGUAUUUGCUGUUUUUAUUCAAUUUUCUAAAGUUUAAUAGGGUGGGAGGGUAAUUAAACUGGUUUGGGAGCCCUUGCUGUUAUUUCGGAAAAAAAUAAACCUGAACUAUCUGAAUUGGAACAGAUCAGUGUCACUUGUCAUUUGCAUGAGGUGCAAGUGGGUAAAUUCCCAUUGCUCUUCAAGCACUUGAAUUAAGUUUUUAUUUUAUAUUAUACUUGGGUUUUCUAUUAGUCUAUUUCCUAGAGCAUUUUUGUAUUAGUCAACAGAAGGGAAUGUACUGGGAAAACUGCUUCCUAAAUUCAUUCCAUUGGUAACUCAGGAGGGAUUGUGGUCCUACACCAAGUAAAUUACAUUGAUAUUUUGUACAUCAAGCUGGAAUGUACAGCUUGGCAGCUACGUACCUAUUUAUGCAUUGUUUUUCAUGUUCUGUUUUUGGGAGGGGGAGUUAUUAAAUCAUCUUUUAUUAAAUUGUUUAUGGAAUCGCAUGUGUUGCUAUUUGUUCUGGUGUAAGCAAGUGGUUUUAUGUUGGGCAAAUGUAGAUGAGGGCUAGUUUGAAUUCUUGAGUAGGUAGCCUGUGAAUUAACAAUGUUUAGGCGAAUGCCAUUCUGCAGACUUUAUUGGAAGCAGUGGAGUGACCAUGGGCUAUACUUGGCAAAUUCACAUUUGGAAAUAGUUGCACAAAUUGUUCUCCCCAUGUGUUUCAGUUCUAUACUUGGAUCUCUUGCAAAUUAGGAUGGUAUCAAUAGGAUGUAAUCACUGCUGACAUUGCUCCUUGGUGCAGUAGAGUGAGCAGUUAUCAGUUCAUUGGAGAUGCUUUGUGGAAUCUUUCCAAGUCUAAAACUACAAAGGUAAUUGCAGCCCUCUACCACUGCUCCCAAUGCUUUCAAGUGUCUUAAGGGUCUUGAUGUAAAGGGAGUAGAGUAAUAUUGCUACUAUUAGAUAUUAAUUUGGAUUGGCCACAUUGAAGAUUGGGUGAACUUGCACCUCCAAACUUGCAUAGACGUGUCUGCUACAGAUAAGACCAAAGAGGAGAUGAUUCAGGUUGUAUCAGAUCCUAACCGUGCGAUGCCAGUCCAGAUCAAUCCCUACUUUAGAUUAUUGACGGCUACUCGGAUCAGGAGGAAGCCUGGAGGACACUUGUUGCCCUAGGUCAUGCCAUGGACCAAUACCAUUAAGCAAGGGGUUUGGGGACCUCUGCCCUAGUGGAACUGACACAGCAGUUUCCUGUUGUGUGUAUUCAGUGAUGUUGCCUAUUUCUUCAAAGCUCUGUGUCUUUGCUUUCAAAGCAAAGGUCCAGUUUUGUCCUUUUUUCAGUAGGGACAUGCAAUAGGUUAGUUACUGCACACAUAGUGCUUGGUUGGGUGCUAGGGGCUAGUAGUGUUGCUAGGCCUCCUGAAGGCUUGGAGUGGCUUCAUGGACAAGGAUUUCAUCUGACAUUGGAGCCCUUGUGACAAAAGAUCAUGUGCUGUACCACAGUACAGAAGUUGGUAAAUUGUAAAUAUUGCAUUAAAGUACAUGAACUAAAUUUCUUGUAAUACUACUGUAAUUGUUACAGAAUGUACUGUAUUUUCAAAUGCAAUAAAUGCAGUAAUAUGCAAACUA